CCCCCCGGAGCCACCCGGACGCCUGAGUCCCCGCAGCGCUCCCGUCGACUCGCCCGCCCGCCAGCCCACCAGGCGCCCUCGCCCGCCGCUCGCUCGGGCUCCCCGGCCAUGUCUCCCGCCCGGCUCCGGCCCCGACUGCAGUUCUGCCUGCUCCUGCUGCUGCUGCUGCUGGUGCCGGCGGCGCGGGGCUGCGGGCCGGGCCGGGUGGUGGGCAGCCGGCGGCGGCCGCCGCGCAAGCUCGUGCCGCUCGCCUACAAGCAGUUCAGCCCCAACGUGCCCGAGAAGACCCUGGGCGCCAGCGGGCGCUAUGAAGGCAAGAUCGCGCGCAGCUCGGAGCGCUUCAAGGAGCUCACCCCCAACUACAAUCCCGACAUCAUCUUCAAGGACGAGGAGAACACGGGCGCCGACCGCCUCAUGACCCAGCGCUGCAAGGACCGCCUGAACUCCCUGGCCAUCUCGGUGAUGAACCAGUGGCCUGGCGUGAAGCUGCGAGUGACUGAAGGCUGGGACGAGGACGGUCACCACUCGGAGGAGUCGUUGCACUAUGAGGGCCGCGCGGUGGACAUUACUACUUCAGACCGUGACCGCAAUAAGUACGGACUGCUGGCUCGCCUGGCCGUGGAGGCCGGCUUCGACUGGGUGUAUUACGAGUCCAAGGCCCACGUGCAUUGCUCCGUCAAGUCCGAGCACUCAGCUGCGGCCAAGACAGGAGGCUGCUUUCCUGCCGGAGCCCAGGUGCGCCUGGAGAGUGGGGCACGUGUGGCCUUGUCGGCCGUGAGGCCUGGAGACCGGGUGCUGGCCAUGGGGGAGGAUGGGAACCCCACCUUCAGCGACGUGCUCAUUUUCCUGGACCGUGAGCCAGACAGGCUGAGGGCCUUCCGGGUCAUCGAGACCCAGGACCCCCCGCGCCGCCUGGCCCUCACGCCUGCCCACCUGCUCUUCACCUCCAACAAUCACACGGAACCAGCGGCCCACUUCCGGGCCACCUUUGCCAGCCAAGUGCGGCCUGGCCAGUACGUGCUGGUGGCUGGGGUGCCAGGCCUGCAGGCCGCCCGGGUGGCGGCUGUCUCCACACACGUGGCAGUGGGGGCCUACGCCCCACUAACCAGACACGGGACGCUGGUGGUGGAGGACGUGGUGGCUUCCUGCUUCGCGGCAGUGGCUGACCACCAUCUGGCUCAGUUGGCCUUUUGGCCCCUGCGACUGUUUCACAGCUCGGUGUGGGGCAGCUGGACCCCGGGAGAGGGCGUGCACUGGUACCCUCGGCUGCUCUACCGUCUGGGACGGCUUCUGCUGGAAGAGGGCAGUUUCCACUCACUGGGCAUGGCCGGGCCAGGGAGCUGA